AUGGUCGUCGAGGCGAGGGAGGCAGCAGCGGCGGCGGCGCGGGAGCGCGUUGGAACACGGGAGAGGAGGCGGGCGGGCGCGGGACGGAAUGCUGCGACCGUCGCCGCGGGUGGUGAGGCGUCACCGCCACGGGCGCGGGAGGAGAGUGGCGGUGGCGGGCGAGGUGGUGGUGUGGGGAGCAAGCGCCCGUCUGCUCCGCUCGCGCAGCUCCCACCGUCCAAGCGGAGCGCGGUCUCCGCGAGUCGGCAGUUCCUCCCACCCGCCUCCAGGUGGACCGCGCCUGCUCCUGCUCCGCUCGCUGGUGCAGACGCCGACGCAGGUUCCCGGACACGGUACGAAGGGGACCGCGAGAACAGAGGUUCUGAUGCAUUGAAGAAGCCGCCAGUUGCUCGUCCGCUCGUGGCCCGCAAGGAUGGUGUUGGUGUGCUGUCGAGAGCGGUGCCCCCCAAUGCUGCUGGUACGAGGGUUCUGAAGAAGCCAUAUGCCAGGGAUGGUGCUGCUCCAGGUCGUCAUGGUCCAAGGGCUGGGAUGGUGAAAUCGUCUGCUGCACAGGACAAGGGAAGGGGAGCAGGGAAUGAAGAACUGUGGGGAAAGAAGGUGCCGGUGACAGCCACACGAUUGCCACCAAAGCCAGAUGUCAUAUCGGACACACGCACCUCGCAACCUAGCCGUGGAAAGGAUGGCCGAUUCAGUAGCAAGGUGCAUCGACCAUUGGAAUCUGGGCGUGUUCAUGGAGGUUUGGCUGUGGCAAAGGAGAUGUUGGCCAUAGAUGAUGAUAGUUCUUUGGCUGAUGGACGUGCUGUGCAAAUUGCGGUUGCUGCGCGCACUGGUACUAGUGUUGGAGCUGUACAAAAAGAUGGCAAAUUAGAGAAGGGAGAGGCUCCCUCCAAGGCGUCUUGGGGAUCUCAGGUUUCUUCCGAUGCUGUUCAUCUUGAUCCUGCAGCUUAUAGGGAUGUUUCUGCAAGGGAUUCCUCUGGUUUAAGUCGGAACUUUGGGAGGAAGACGCCAUCAUGGGCAGUAGCAAAAGAUGUCAAUGUGACGAACAAAUAUGGUGAGAGUUCCUCCACAUACAACACUGUUGCUGCAUCUUUUGCUAAGGAUCCUUCCAAAAAAACCCUGAUGUGUAAGAUAGUAUUUGAAAGUGGUAGGAUGAACAGGAGGACAUCUUCUGAUGUUGCAGGAGUGUCUGCUGAAGGCAAUGUGUUGAGAAGUAAGGACAUGUUUACAAAUCAAAAUGCAGUCAAGCCAGCCAAAGUGGUUCAGAAAUCUGUAUGUGGAAGGCGCGUAACUACAAAUGGGAUUCAGGACUCUAUUGAGCUCACUAAGGAUCGAGUUAUGCAAGCUCCCAUGUCUCCAGACAUGUGCCCCACAAUACACAAAAAGAAGGCCGCCACAAAUAGGGAUUUUUUUGGUCACAAGAAAAUGGUGAAGCCAAAAGCUGUAGAUCAUCAGCAGAGGAAGAUUGCCUCGACAUCUGUAUCGGGUAGUAAGGGCAAACUGGAUGAUGAGGUGGCUUCCAACUUGAAAUUUCAUGACAUAUUUAGGGACAUAGUUGUUCAUGAAAGAAAGCUUGAACUUUAUCUCAACAGCUCAUCAGGUCUUCCUUUUGUGAGGUGUCAAAGGCAAUAUAGACACAGGAAUGCAGAUGCUAGGAGCAGAUUUAAAAAGUUGUGCAGGAUAUUUGAGUUUGUAUGCCGGACUCUAGUACAAAUUACGGAGCAGCGUUCAUUGAAGAUGAGAAUUGACUUUCUAGCUGCUGAAGUAAUGAAGGCAUUACCAGAUUUUACCAAACAUGGUCCUAUUGUGGGACAAGUUCCUGGAGUUGAAGUUGGUGAUGAGUUUCUAUACAGAUCUCAGCUUGCAAUUGCUGGUCUACAUCAUCAUUACCGGAAAGGCAUUGACACCACCACAUAUAGAAAUGGCAUGCUUAUUGCAAUAAGCAUUGUUGCUUCUGGAGGUUAUCCUGAUGAAUUGGGUUGCUCAGGUGAACUGCUAUACACUGGUUCUGGUGGGAAGCCUGCUGGUAAGAAGAAAGAUGAGGAUCAAAAGCUUAAGUGUGGAAACCUUGCACUAAAGAAUUGCAUCAAAACAGAGACUCCCGUAAGAGUGAUUCAUGGAUUUAAGUGUCGGAAUACCGAGAGAGGCAGUCAUUUGGGGGCCAAACUAGUCUCAAGAUACACUUAUGAUGGAUUGUAUUUAGUGGUGGAUUUCUGGAUGGAUGGUCAACCAGGUUCAAGGGUGUUUAAGUACAAGUUAAAAAAGAUUCCUGGGCAACCAGAGCUUCCUAUGCACGUAGCUAAAAGAUUGAAGAGCUACAAAAGCCGUCCAGGCCUGUUCAUGAAUGAUAUAUCUCAAGGGAAGGAAGCAACUCCCAUCUGUGUCAUUAAUACGGUAGAUGAUGUGCGACCUGCACCUUUCCAAUACACCACUAGAAUUAGAUAUCCAUUUAGGCUUGCAGAAAAACAUCAGGGUUGUGACUGCACCAAUGGUUGCUCAGACUCUGUGAGCUGUGCCUGUGCUGUGAAGAAUGGAGGGGAAAUCCCAUUUGACUUAAAUGGAAAAAUUCUCAAUGAGAAGUCCGUGAUAUUUGAGUGUGGUCCAUCUUGUAAAUGUCCUCCUUCAUGCCACAACAGGGUCAGUCAGCAUGAUAUGAAAAUACCACUGGAAGUAUUCAGGACAACCAAGACUGGUUGGGGCGUAAGAUCUCUAAGGUCCAUUCCUUCUGGCAGCUUCAUAUGUGAGUAUAUUGGUGAGCUGCUGCAUCAAAAGGAGGCUUACAAGAGAAGGAACAACAGUUACUUGUUUGAUACAGGCCUUAACUAUGAUGAUGAGAAUAUUAGCAGUGGGUUGCCAUCAAAUGUUUCAGGACCAUGAUGACAAAAGGAUGCCGCAUAUUAUGUUCUUUGCUGCAGAGACGAUUCCACCACUACAGGAGCUGAC